GCGGGGCGUGUCCCCCCCGCCCCCAGCCGUGCUUCACGACAGUGGGCAGGGGAGACCUAGCCGCCGACAGUGCCGCGCUCCAGUGGCGUGUGCUACCUACCCGGCAGUGGCUGCGCCAUGGCGACAGCGGGGGGGCCCGGCGAGGAGGACGCCUUCGCGCGCUACCGCUCCCCGCUGGUGUCACGCUACGCCAGCCCCGAGAUGGGCUUCAACUUCAGCGAGAGGAAGAAGUUCGGCACCUGGCGGCGGCUCUGGCUCUACCUGGCCCAGGCCGAAAAGUCACUGGGGCUGCCUAUCACUGAUGAGCAAAUCCAAGAGAUGGAAGCCAACCUGGACAACAUUGACUUCAAGAUGGCAGCAGAGGAGGAAAAGAAACUGCGUCAUGAUGUGAUGGCCCAUGUGCACACCUUUGCACACUGCUGUCCCAAAGCUUCAGGCAUCAUUCACCUUGGAGCCACUUCAUGUUAUGUGGGGGACAACACGGACCUGAUUGUUCUGCGUGAUGGCUUCAAUCUGCUGCUACCCAAGCUCGCCAGGGUGAUCAGCCGGCUUGCCGAUUUUGCUGAGAAGUAUGCCAACUUGCCUACGUUGGGCUUUACUCACUACCAGCCUGCCCAGCUCACCACAGUGGGAAAGCGCUGCUGCCUGUGGAUCCAGGACCUGUGCAUGGACCUGCAGAACCUAGAGCGUGGACGGGAUGACUUGCGAUUUCGUGGGGUGAAAGGCACCACUGGCACUCAGGCCAGCUUCCUGCAGCUCUUUGAAGGCAAUCAUGAGAAAGAGCUCGACAGGCUGGUGACUGCCAUGGCAGGAUUUAAGCGAGCUUAUAUAGUAACAGGUCAGACAUAUAGCCGCAAAGUGGAUAUUGAAGUCCUAAGUGUGCUGGCCAGUCUGGGGGCAUCCAUACACAAGAUCUGUACUGACAUCCGCCUGCUGGCCAAUCUCAAGGAGAUAGAGGAGCCUUUUGAAAGAGAUCAGAUUGGUUCAAGUGCCAUGCCUUACAAGAGGAACCCAAUGCGUUCAGAGCGUUGCUGCAGUUUGGCCCGUCACCUAGUGACCCUAGUUCUGAACCCUCUCCAGACAGCCUCCGUGCAGUGGUUUGAACGCACUUUGGAUGAUAGUGCAAACAGGCGCGUGUGUCUGGCUGAGGCUUUCCUGACAGCAGACAUCAUACUGAGCACACUGCAGAAUAUCUCCGAGGGACUCGUGGUCUAUCCCAAGGUGAUUGAGAGACGGAUCCGACAGGAGCUACCCUUCAUGGCCACAGAGAAUAUUAUCAUGGCUAUGGUGAAAGCUGGGGGCAAUCGUCAGGAUUGUCAUGAGAAGAUACGAGUCCUUUCCCAGCAGGCAGCUGCAGUUGUGAAACAGGAAGGGGGCGAUAAUGACCUUAUUGCCCGUAUCCGUGCUGAUCCCUACUUCAGCCCCAUCCAGGGACACUUGGAGAGCCUCCUGGACCCCACAUCCUUCACUGGACGUGCACCGCAGCAGGUGGCAAGGUUCCUGAAGGAGGAGGUUCAUCCAAUGCUUACUCCAUACCAAAGCAAGAUGGGUGUGAAAAUAGAGCUGGCACUUUAGCCUGAUAUGGAGUUGUAUGGGUGUGCGAGAUAAUGAAAGUCUGAAAGAACCAAGCCUGUUUACUGUGUCUGCUUACAUGGGGCGUACCCAUGGUGCGCCUUAAAAACCCAGGGCUUUCACCCACACAUCCCAGACAUGCCAUCAUGCUCCUUAUUCUGGGUCUACUCUAUAGCCAUCUCUUCUCCUCUGUGUGCGCUAAGAUUGCUGGCAGGAGGUUUCCCAAUUUUCUUCUGGUUAGAUCAUGACUAAACCAGAUUGACAGCUCUCUUGCUUGCACAUUCCUAAACUCACAUGGUAUUUCAAGCACCAACAACUCACCAGCAUUUAAAAAUAACAGAGAAAACAGCUUUGCUCAUGUUCCCAUCUUCUUCAUCUGGCCUCAGGAAUCACUCAGCACAGAUGUAGUUUAAGUUGUGUUUAGAUAGCUUUUCUUAAAAGUGAAUUUGGGAGCACCAUGACCUAAAUGCACUCAACACCUGCCUACAGUGGGGAUUAGGUCUCAUGGUUAGGAACAGUGAAGGGAGAAGGCCAGCACCUGGUUGUUCACAUUAUAGUUGUGGUCCUCAAAGCUACACAGAUAUCGCAUGCUUUUUCUCUGCCUCUUCUGGAAACUAAGAUUGGUGCCAGCUGUGGAAUGCAGGUGUGAAAUGUUGGGAUCAGCCUUAGAUUAAAUUCUACUGGGCUUGAUUUCUUGAUAAAGCACAAAGGAAAAAGUCAGACCAAUUGGAAGCUAUUGUUUAAUAAACAUAAAACUUUGUUCAGUAAUCCCAUCUGAACCUUCUAUUUGGGGUCUAUAACAGGAUGUGGAAGAAUUUCAUUCAAGAUUUUUCUCUCUUAUCCAACUGAAUUAACUUAGAGCCCUUUGGGGGUUCUAAGACUUUGCAGUAUGUGCCAGUAUGAAGACAAGCUGCUCAAGACCACUGACCAGAGCCAAGACCAAGGGGAUGGAUUGAACCACUCUUAUAUACACCAUUAACCAACAAAGCCUUUUAAUGACUAUUCCCUACCUCAGCAGUUGUGCAUCCUAUGCUAAAACCACUGUCUAAGAAUGUCUUGCCAUCUUACAACUCUGUACUAAUACUGUUAUGGUGCACAGGGCCUCAUGGCAUUGAAACUUAUUAACCCCUUGGGCCUUGUGCAUGUCUAACUGCAUGCCUUGGAUUGUAUUAACAUACAUCAGCUAUGUAGACAUGUAAAUAACCAUUAUU